UAUCAGGAGGAUUACGAACCAUCACAUUAAGACGACUACGACAACUCCCAGAAAGCCAAUAUCAGCUCUCAAUAGGGCAUUGAACAAACCAAUUGCGACAAUUCCAGAGUUAGAAUUGUUGAAAAGAAUUCCAUACCAACAAGCUAUACCUGCAACCUCGAGACGGUUUUAGAAAACCCGGCAGAUCUCAAAGAGGAUUCAGGAACAGACUCAACUCUCCUAAAGUCGAGAAAUUUUGAGUCGCCAUAUAGUCCUGCUUGUUCACGCAUCCAAAAGGAAACUCAAGACUUCGCCAUCACCUUAUCAGAAUACACAACAUGAGUCCCACGGUACCCCGCCCUGGAGCUGCGAAAUUGGGACCUCGUUCCGGUCUGGAGGAGUGGUUAGCAGAGGCGAAACAAUGUCAUUAUUUACCAGAGUGGGCAAUGAAACAACUUUGUGAGAUGGUAAAGGAGUGCUUAAUGGAAGAGUCAAAUAUACAACCUGUCGCAACUCCUGUUACCAUUUGUGGUGAUAUCCAUGGACAAUUUUACGAUUUACUCGAACUCUUCCGUAUCGCUGGUGGUAUGCCGGGCGAGACAAAUGUUCAAGCCCCCACCACUGUGAUCAAUACGGAUGCGCUCGAACCACCUACCGAGAUUACAGAUCCAAAAUUGAAGAAGAAGAUACGAAGUAGUGACAGUGGUGUGGAAAGCGCAAGUGGAGGAGACGAUGAUGAUGACGAUGAUGAACCUCGAGGACGACCACGUACUGCAGGUGGAUUAAAUCGUAGUACGAGUUCUGGAGUAGAUUCUGGGAUCAAUGUUAACAACAAUCAAGUCUCUGGAAAUGGGAACCAAAAUUUUAUCUUCUUGGGUGAUUUCGUCGAUAGAGGAUAUUUUAGUCUGGAAACUUUCACAUUACUUAUGUGCUUGAAAGCUACAUAUCCUGAUAAGAUUACUCUCGUUCGCGGAAAUCACGAGUCUCGUCAAAUCACGCAAGUAUACGGGUUCUACGAAGAAUGUCAACAAAAAUACGGCAAUGCUUCGGUUUGGAAAUCUUGCUGUCAAGUUUUCGACUUCCUCGUCCUUGCAGCAGUUGUUGAUGGAGAAGUUCUUUGCGUUCACGGUGGUUUGAGUCCUGAAAUUCGAACAGUUGAUCAAAUUAGAGUUGUCGCACGUGCUCAAGAAAUUCCUCAUGAGGGUGCUUUCUGUGAUCUUGUAUGGAGUGAUCCUGAGGAUGUUGAUACUUGGGCUGUUUCUCCUCGUGGGGCCGGUUGGCUAUUUGGAGAUAAGGUUGCUAAUGAAUUCAAUCAUGUCAAUGGUUUGAAGCUUAUUGCCCGUGCUCAUCAACUUGUCAACGAAGGAUACAAGUAUCAUUUCGCACAAAAAUCUGUCGUUACUGUCUGGUCAGCUCCUAACUACUGUUACCGAUGUGGUAACGUCGCUUCGAUUAUGAACGUUGGAGAAGAUCUCAAUCCUAAAUUCAGCAUUUUCAGUGCCGUACCAGAAGAUCAACGUGCAGUUCCAGCUGGUCGGAGAGGUGCUGGGGAUUACUUCCUUUAAUUAUACCACACGUUCUUUACUGUCGAUACAUUCUCCAAUUUCAGGAGAUGUAUACUGGAUAUCCACUUAGGCGUUUGUUUUUUAAAGGUCGGCAUUUUAUGAAGGCGUCUGUUUGGUCACAUUACCCCUGUACAACAAUAGUUGAAUCUGGUUUCUGUCUUUUGCUUUUUAAUCUAAAUCGAGAUGAUGGGUUUGGCUUGGCCUGAUCUGGCUAUUUGACACGGAAUAGGUGUGGAAUGAAAGGUAUCUAUGGAUCUUAGACCUUAUGAGUUGAUGAGUUGAUGAGAGAUGGUUCAAGAAAUACAUGGCAUGUUAUAUGAAGCGUAGCAUAAGCAUACAAGAUGAUGAUACAAAUUCGAGUCGUUGCAUUUC